CGGUCGACUACACACGCGACGCGUUCGGACGUUCUGUUAAAAUUGUUUGUAUUAUAUUUGAUUUUUUUGAUUUUAUUAGUGAAUGUUUUUAUCAUAAAGUAAUAUAGUAAAAUAGCACUUUUCUUGUUACUUGUUAGUUACACCUUUUACAAAUCUAGCUCGUCUUAACCUAGACUUCAUACCUAUGUUUACAAUCUGUUCUAUACAAAUAAGUAACGCAGAUUAUAGAUGUUAUAAACAAUACAUUGAAUAUGCACGAAGAGGCCAAUAGUAUUCAGCAAUAGAAACAGAAAAAAAAUUUAAGAUAGAAAAAUAUAAGAUGUAACAAUACUACAUAAUCAGUUAUUGAUAGAUGCUUAGAAUCGGCAAUUGUAGCUUAUUCUCAAAGAACACCAGUUAUAACACAUAUUACACAAAAACUUGUAAAAGAUAUUGGCGGAGCAGCAGAAAUGGCAUGUACAGCCUUAAAUAGCAAGGAUUUCAAUGUUUUAUGGAUUAAAGUUAACAAAGAAAGUUCUGAAUCUAUUGCACUCUCAUCUGGAAACAAACUUAUUGUCAAUGAUCCAAGAUUAUCAUUGAGACAGGACAUGAAUAGCAAUCGAUACAUAUUACAAAUUAAUGAUAUUCAGGAAACCGAUGCCAGUGUCUAUCGCUGCGAUGUGGUAAUUGGGAUUAACCACAAAAUAUCCGCUUAUACCGAGUUAAUAGUGCGUAGACCCCCAUUUAUUUAUGAUAACUCGACAAGAUCAUUUGUUGUAAAAGAAGGUCAACUAGUGCAACUUGAAUGUUAUGCUGGUGGGUAUCCUAGUCCAAGAAUUUCCUGGAGGCGAGCUAACAAUGCAAUUUUAUCAAUAGGUGCAUCAAUGUAUAGAGGUAACAUUUUGAAAAUGCCUGCUAUAACAAAAGAAGAUCGUGGAACCUAUUACUGUGUCGCUGAAAAUGGUGUUGGAAAAGGUGCCAGACGUAGAAUUUCCAUAGAGGUAGAAUUUGCACCAAUAAUCACUGUUCUUUAUACUAGUUUGGGACAAGUUUUACGUGCUAACUUAGAUCUUGUAUGCCAUAUUGAGGCGUAUCCUCAACCAGCUAUUGCUUGGUUAUAUAAUGGAAUAGAAAUACACAAUAAUAAACAUUACAGUAUAUCACAUUCUACUACUUCAGACGAAAUAUCGGAUACUAAUUUACAAAUUAUCACAAUUAAUAAUCAUCAAUAUGGUUAUUAUACCUGCAGUGCGUCAAAUGUAUUAGGAAGUACCGAAAUGACAAUUAAUGUUUAUGAAGCACUAUUACCAGAAUGCCCUCCUGUCUGUGAUUAAAUAUCAUCGUGCUCAAUUGGCCAAGCAAGCUGCUGUUUGAUUCUAGUUAUAGGUGCUGAAUGUUUUAAUCAUGUACAUUUAACUUUUAUAUUUUUCAAUUCAAAAACAAUAUAUCAAUGAUUGGAAUAAUAAAAUUGAUAAAUGUUGUAUUUCUGUAAACUAAGUAAACGACCGCAUUGUGAAAAAAAUUACACAAUAUUAAAUUGGACUGACCAUUUAAUGAAAAAGUGACCGUUUAAAAAAAUAUUUAUAAAUAUAUUACUGUAAAAAA